AUGCAGAAGAACAGUUUUGUUAGCAAAUAUUCUUUUAAACCUCGAACAUUGAGGAUUUUGAAGAAUGUUAAUACAGCAGAUCCUGUAUCUUCUGAUGAGGGUGAUGUGUCAGAUCACACUGAAUAUAUACCCAAAACAGACUCUGAAGAUUCAAGUGAUACUUAUUUUUAUCAUUCGUCUGAAAGCGAAUCAGAUAAUAUUGCUCCUUAUAGAACAGAUACCAAGAGGUUCGAUGAAAUAACGGAAGUAAAUAAAACCACUACUAAAGAAAAUAUUUCAUAUGAGGGUACUACUAGCUAUGAUGGGGUAACUGAAUUGAGAUACAUAGUAAUGGACAGUAUCGAAAAUACACCCUUUUUUAAUGAUUUCGAAAACACUGAAACUAAUAGGGAAACUAUCUCGUGCAAAGAUACUGCCUUCAUUGACGAAAAAAAUAAAAAAGAUAAUAUAUCUCAAACUAAUAAAAGCAAACGAGUUCGAAGAAAACACAGCUGUAUAUUUUGCGAUGUUUUGGUGACCAAUUUUGCUCGACACUUAGAAAGAUGCCAUAGUGAUGAAUUAGAAGUACAAAGAUUUUUAAGUUUGACCAAAAAUGAUCCAGAGCGAAAAUGUCUUAUUGAUAAAAUAAGGAAAGAAGGAGAUUUUUCUACAGGAGAAAAGAUACCUGUUCUUAAAGUUUGUAGUGACACUCCAACAGAAACCAAUUUAUUGCCUUGUAUUUUUUGUAAAGGAUAUUAUGCAAAAAAAACUCUGAGACGCCACGUAAAAAGGUGCAAAUUUAAUAAAAUCCAAUCUCCUACAAGACAUUCUCAAUCCCAAGCGCAGAAUAUGAUGGUAAAUCAUUUUGGUCCUAAUGAUCCUCUUCGGACCUCAGGUGUUUUAAAUUCACUGGCUGCAGAUGAAAUCUCUUUAGCUGCUAAAAAAGAUAAAAUAAUAUGCGAAGUAGGAAGGCAAUACGUAAAAUGUCAUAAGGAUAAACAUUUAGUCCAAGUAGCGAAACGACAAAUGAGACGACUUGCACGUCUUGUGAUUGAGGCGAGAAAAAUUGAAAACAAUUUUAAAUUAACACUUUUUUCUUUACUACACCCAUCGAAAUUCAAAACUAUAGUCAAAGCUGUUAGAGAUAUCUCACAAUAUAAUAUUCAAACAAAUUCUUUUGGAUCACCAUCACUAGCCCUUCAAAUGGGAACUUUAAUUAAAAAAGCAAUUAAUGCAGCUUAUUCUGCAGAAAUCCAAAGGGAUGUAAAUUCUAAGGAAAUAAAUAAUUUAAAUGCUAUGAAAAAUUUGAUUAAUGACCAAUGGGCUUCAGAAGUUUCAACAGAGGCAGGUCAAAACUUAAAUAUCAACAGGUUUAAUAAACCCACGCUUAUUCCUACGGCCGAAGAUAUUGCUAAAUUUAAAAAAUAUUUGGAUGAGCUCCUCGAUAAUUUUACAAAGGAAUUAAACAAAGCCGAAGAAAAUGUAAAAGCAUAUAAGACAUUAUCAGAAGUAGUUUACUGCAGCCUACUGCUUUUUAACAGAAGAAGAGUUGGAGAACUUCAAAGAAUACCUUUAGAAAUCUAUUUGAAAAAUCACAAUAGUCAGUCUUCCAAAGAAUUUGAAAAUCUAUUAACUCCUUCUGAAAAAAUUUUAUUAAGUUCCUUAAAGCGCAUAGUAAUAAAAGGAAAGAGGGGCAGAGGUGUUCCGGUUUUGUUUGACCAGUUAACAACACGUGGAAUAGAAAGUAUGAUUAAAAAAAGAAACGUAUAUUUUAAAACAUACAAUGAAUAUUUAUUUGGUAUUCCGAACACAAACUCUUGUAUUAGUGGUUAUCAAGUUUUAAGAAAACAUGCCACUAUUGCAUUAGGUGAUGCAAAAAAAAUACAAUGUCUUACAUCGACGCGUCUUCGAAAGCAUCUGGCUACAAUUUGUCAAAUAAUGAAAAUGGGUAAUAGUGAACUGGAACAACUUGCUAAAUUUAUGGGACAUACGUCGAAGACACACGAAGAGUGGUACAGACUACCAUCGGACGUAUAUCAAACAGCAAAGGUAUCCAAAAUUUUACUCCUUUCUCAAAUUGGAUCUAUUGAAAAAUUUAAAGGAUGUAAUAUUGAUGAAAUUUCUCUAGAUGAUAAAAUAGUGGAAAGCCAAAAAAGUGACAGUGAAGAAAGCGAUGUAGAAGUAAAUGAUAAUAAUGAAAAUUUCAUGCGGCCCUCAGUUGACGAAAACAAAGAAAAAAAAGUAAAACGACGUCGAUUAUGUCCUUGGAGUGAUAAAGAAAAGAAAGUUACAGAAGAUUUUUUUAAAACACACAUAAAACAGAAAAAAGCACCGAAAAAAGCAGAAGUGACAGAACUAAUAAACAAAUAUCCAGACUUAUUUAAAAAUCGAACCUGGGCAACCAUUAAAGUUUACGUUCAAAAUAAAUAUAAAUGA